AUGAGGCCCACCACUAGAGCCCCCCACGAGGUGCCCUCCCCGACGUGGGUGGGGAGACCGGGUAGAGAGAGUCCCCGGCCUGGGCAGCCAGGCUGGGAGCCAGCAGCCCCUGUCCCCCAGGCCCUCCUCCUCCUCCUGCCGCUGGGUGCCCAGGGCCAGGGCAGCACCCCCAGCCCCAGCUGUGACUGUGUGCCCAAGUUCCAGAAGAGGAGUGGUCUGGUCUGCUGCGGGGGCUGUCCAGCAGGGCACUACCUGAAGGCCCCCUGCACAAAGCCCUGUGGCAUCUCCACCUGUCUCCCGUGCCCCCGGGGCACCUUCCUGGCCUGGGAGAACCACCACAAGACCCGCUGUGCCCGCUGCCAGGCCUGUGAUGAGGAGGCCUCCCAGGUGGCCCUGAAGAACUGCUCGGCGGUGGCAGACACCCACUGCGGCUGCAAGCCAGGCUGGUUCAUGGACUGCGUCGUCAGCCAGUGUCCCCACAGCUCUCCCUUUCGCUGCCACCCGUGCCCAGACUGUGAGGCCCUGCACCGCCGCACGCGGGCCCCCUGUGGGUACCCCCGAUCCGGGCCGUCUACUCCCACACCCCCUUCCCCUGCCUCCUUCUCUCCCGUCCUGACCCACACCAGCUCCCGGACCACAGGUUCCGGCGGAGACACUCACUGUGGGACCUGCCUUCCCGGCUUCUAUGAAUAUGGCAACAGCUGCGUGUCCUGUCCCACGAGCACCCUUGGGGGCUGUCCCGCGCCCUGUGUGGCUGUCUGUGGCUGGAGGCAGGUGUUCUGGGUCCAGGUGCUCCUGGCAGGCCUGGUGGUCCCACUCCUGCUUGGUGCCACCCUGACCUACACAUACCACCGCUGCCAGCUUUGCAAGGCCAUAGUUCCUGCAGGUGAAGCUGGGGUGGAGGCCCUGACCCCCCUGCAGGCCACCCACCUCUCACCCCCGGACAGCAGCCCCACCCUUCUGGUAACACCCAGCAGCAGUGAGAAGGUUUGCACCGUCCAGCUGGUAGGCAGCAGCUGGACCUCUGGCUCUCCCCAGGCCCGGGAGGCGCCCUGCCCGGAGGUGAUGUGGUCCUGGGACCAGCUGCCCGGCAGAGCUCUUGGCCCGCCGCCCCCGCCCUCGCCAGCGCCCCCUGCAGGCUCGGCGGCCGCCAUGCUCCAGCCGGGCCCGCAGCUCUACGACGUGAUGGACGCGGUACCCGCGCGGCGCUGGAAGGAGUUCGUGCGCACGCUGGGGCUGCGCGAGGCGGAGAUCGAGGCGGUGGAGGUGGAGGUCGGGCGCUUCCGAGACCAGCAGUACGAGAUGCUCAAGCGCUGGCGCCAGCAGCAGCCCGCGGGCUUGGGCGCUGUCUACGCCGCCCUGGAGCGCAUGGGGCUGGACGGCUGUGCCGAGGACCUGCGGAGCCGCCUUCAGCGUGGCCCGUGACGCCGGGGCCCACCCGCCACUUCGAGGCUCUGGUGGCCCUUGCAGAAGCCCUAAGUACGGUUACUUAUGCGUGUAGACAUUUAAUGUCACUUAUUAAGCCCCUGGCACGGCCCUGCGUAGCAGCGCCAGCCAGCCUCACCCCUGCGCGCCCCCAGGGUUCCAGUUAAGGCGAGGAAGCG